AUGGGGAUAACUGAAAAAAAAUCACAAUCAUCUUUGAAUAGAUUUCAUGAUCUUAUUGAUCAAACAACCUCUAAUGACAGUGAGGACUCGAAAUUUGACGAACCUACCAGCACCACUCCUAUAUCUUCCACAACCACAACAAUUCAAGAUCAACCCCAGAAAUUAGGUUCUUAUAGAGCAAGAGCCGGAAGAAUAUCAAAUACCCUAAGCAAUUUGUUGCCUUCAAUAAGUGCAAGAUUACAUUCAAAAAAAUCAAAUACUGAAAAAUAUGAAGAUUCAACUAAUUCAAAUGAAAUCACUAAUAAUGAUGUCACAACCCCAACCCUCAAGGAUGCAGAUUUAAAGACAAAACAAAUCGUACCUGUAGUAGAAGGUAUACCAAUUGAUUUUAGAGAUGGAAUAAAUGCAUCUCCAGAUAUUGAAAACCUAAUACAGUUCCCUGAUGCAAGGAGUUUAUUAAUUCAACAGAAUCCAAGAGCAUCUAGCGAUUCCUAUAGUUUUAAUGGAAUAUUACCAUUGGGCAGUCAUCGUCCAAGAAAUGAUACUGUAGCCUCACAAAUGACUUCCUUAUCCUUAGGAACUGUUGGUGGCUCUUCAAGUGCUAUUUGGUCAACAAAUAUCAACCCAAGUGAUCAUCUACAAAAUUCAUCUCAACAACAAUAUAGUGCAAAUAACUUAGCGCCUGCUACAACAAUAUAUUCUUCAAACCCAACAUUUUCAAAUGGUCCUAUAAACAAUAUAUCAAAUUUAGGAAUGCAUCCUUCUUCUUGGACAGGAGUGAAUGGUAAUAGAGGUCGCUCCCAAUCAAAUGCUUCUAGUAUUUACACCGAUGCGCCAACAUAUGAACAACUUCAGAGACAGAAUGCUAAUAAUUAUUUAAAUGGAAAUAAUCAAGGAUAUGAUGUUCCAUUAGUAGCUGAUGACAUUGACUCGUCAUCGAUAAAUUGGGUUAGCAUGGAUUUUUCUGUUUCUCCAAUUAAUCAAAUUUCCAAUCUUCUACCAACAAAUACUGUCUCAAUUUCAAAUGUGUUUCCUUUACAACAGCAGCAUGCCCAUCUUUCAAAUGCAAUUAAUUUGACAAGUACUUCUUUAGUGACUUUAUGUUCAAAGUUUGGUAAAGUCAUUUCAGCGAGAACUUUGCAAGGGAUAAAUAUAGCAUUAGUAGAAUUUGAAUCCAUAGAUGCUGCAGUACAUGCAAUGGAAACUUUGCAAGGGAAAGAAAUAUCAAUGAUAGGAGCGCCAAGUACAAUUGCUUUUGCUAAAAUCAUCCCUUCUUUCAGUCAACAACCUAUUUCUUUCCACCCAACUGUAAAUGUCAGUGAUGGUCAAUCACAAGGCCAUCCACUAUUGCACGAACAGUUACUAAAUGGAUCAUUGAUUAUUCAACAACAAGGGAACAUCUCUGUUCCUCUUUUUAACCCACAAGUCCAAUCAGCCAAUGGCCAACAGCAAGCUCAACAGAUCCAGCAGUCCCAAUCACAACAACAACAAUUAUUGAACCAUGGGUCUUUACAUUCAACUCAGAGUGAGAAGGAAUCAUGUCCUUUCGAACUACCGCCGCCAUAUUCAAAGAAUCAAGCAGAAUUACUGAAGGAAAUAAUCAGCUCAUUUGAUACUGAACGUGAAGAUGCUGAGAUCAAUUACAUAGUUAGAAAUUCAAUCAAAAAUACUGGUACAGCUAAUACUUCCAAUUUUGGACCACUUCCUGAUGAUAAUUCAGGAAAGGAAUUUGAUACUCCUAAGCUUCGUGAAUUACGUAAGAGCAUUGAUGCCAAUCAGAUUAAUGAUCUAGAAAUCGAACAAUUGGCAAUGGCUAUGCUGGAUGAGCUACCAUCUUUGAGUUCAGAUUACCUUGGUAAUACUAUCGUACAAAAAUUAUUUGAACAUUCUUCAGAUAUUAUUAAGGAUAUAAUGUUACGUAAAACCGCCAAGUAUUUGACCUCUAUGGGUGUUCAUAAAAACGGUACUUGGGCUUGUCAAAAAAUGAUUACUAAAGCUGACACUAAUAGGCAAAAAAUGCUAAUUGACAGAGGUGUUGAAAAAUAUUGUACCCCAUUAUUCAAUGAUCAAUUUGGUAAUUAUGUUAUUCAGUGUGUUCUGAAAUUUGGUUUCCCUUGGAAUAACUUUAUUUUUGAAAACAUAGUUAAUAAUUUCUGGAUUAUUGCUCAAAACAGAUAUGGGUCUAGAGCUGUAAGAGCAUGUUUAGAAGCCCAUGAAAUUGUCACACAUGAACAAACAAUUGUUUUAAGCGCCAUAAUCAUUUUAUUUGCUGAGUAUUUGACAACAAAUUGCAAUGGUACGUUGUUAGUUACAUGGUUCUUAGAUACGUGUACUUUGCCAGACAGGCAUAGAAUUUUAACUGAAAAAUUAGUUCCUGAUAUUGUUGAAUUAUGCUGUCAUCGAUUGGCUUCCCUAACGAUAUUAAAAAUUUUAAGCUUCAGAGGUGAUGAUGCCCCUAGAAAUUUAAUAUUGGAUGCAAUAUUUGGUAACUCAGAUGAUUCAGAACCAUCUGAGAAUAUUAAGAAAAUCUUAUGUGAUCAUACAACGGGUCCAACUUUUGUUUAUAAGGUGUUGUCGAUGCCUCUACUUGAAGGUGAUAUAAGAACUAUUGUAAUAAUGAAGGUCAAAAAAGUUUUAACCGAAUCUAAUCCUGCACAGGUACAUAGGAGAUUACUUGAAGAAGUUGGAUUAACACCAGUUAAUCAAAAUUCGCCGACGUCUCAGUCUAGACAUUCAGCACAUGUAACUAAUGGGUUCCCACAAGAAGCAGGGAGACAUGUCAGUCAUCUUUCGGUUUCAAGUGCCAGAAGCAAUGGGUCAUGGUACAACAAUUCUUCUCCUCAAGGAUCUAAUUCCUCUGUUGUAAACACAACGCCAUCUAAGACACAAUUGCCAGUAAAUUUAAAUGGAAUGAGCUUAGUCACUAGCGGAAUUGCAAAUGGGAAGAACAAUUCAAACUACUACAUGAGUGGUGGAAUAUUUCCAAACAACACGAAUGGAAGUAACAUUCAUCCAGUCACGGGAGGACCUGAUGAAAUCGCAUCUCAAUUUGAAUCAAUGUUCAUAAAUAAUGAAGGCCAACCAAUACCACAUCAAUUCAACAUGGCUAAUGGUAACAUGAACAUGAAACAAAUUAGUGGCACUCACCACAAGGAUAAAGAGCUAAACUUGAACUACAGAGCUGUAUUCGAAGAGUACUAG